AUGUUUGUCGUCUUGUGUCCUACAGAUGCCAACGGAGAAAAUUGUCCUCCCAAUCCGCAGGAGUGGCGCUCCAGGGUGGAGCAGAAGGAGCCAGAGCAGCCUCACUUUAAAGAGGAAGACGAGGAGCCAGAACUCAUCUACAUCAAAGAGGAAGAGGAGGAGACAGAGCCGCCCCACUUUGAGGACGACGAGGAGCCGGAACUCAUCCACGUCAAAGAGGAGCCAGAGCCCCCCCACAUCAAGGAAGAGGAGGAAGGAAAGACAGAAACUGAUGGAGGAUCAGAAGUAGACAAGCUCUUAGCUCCACUUUCAGAAAGUGAGGACAUGACGUCGCACUCUUCUGACACUGAGGAUGAAGAAGACGAGGAUAAAACUGACCGAAAACGCUUCAAAUGCUCUCAUUGUGACAAAACCUUUGGCAAAAAGGGAACUCUGAAAACACACACCAGAUAUCACACCGGGGAGAGACCCUUUGUGUGCUCAGUGUGCGGCAAAGCCUUCACCAUCAAGGGACAUCUGAACCGACACGCCAGAACGCACAGCGGAGAGAAACCGCACUCCUGCUCCAUUUGCGGGACGAGCUUCGGCGUGAGAUCGGCGCUGGUCCAGCACAUGAGAACGCACACCGGAGAGAAACCGCACGCCUGCUCCGUCUGCGGCGAAAAGUUCUCCCAGAAGGGGAACUUGAGCCGACACGCAAAGACGCACGCCAGGACACAAAGUCAGGGUCCGGUCUUUGGCUGCGCCACCUGCGGGAAGACCUUCUCCCAGAAAGGGUAUUUGAAGAUCCACAGGAGAACUCACACCGGAGAGAGACCGUAUUCCUGCUCCUUCUGCGACGGCAGCUUCAGCGUCCGCUCCGUGUUGGCCAAGCACAUCAGAAGAAGACACGCUAGCAAGGACACAAAAUGAUUCUUAGUUACUUAAAAGAUUACUUUUAUGUGGCGCUUGGUUUUAGUGACUCUGAGCGAGUUACGGUAU